AUGGCAACAGAAAGAACGAAUCAAGAAGCACGCUCAGCCACCAGUGAUCAAAGCGAUUAUCCUAGCGAGACUGAAUCAAAACAAAUGACCCAAGAUUCACAGAGUAACCAGGUCGAUCGUACCAACACUGGGUCUCAAGGAGCCAUGAAUCACCCCCAAGAUCAGCAACCUGUUCAACCAGCGAGUCAAGAGACGGGAAAGAAAAGCAGCGCACCUCGCGUGAGAUUGGAUAUGGAUCUCGAUGUUGAGUUACAGCUGAAAGCCAAAAUCCAAGGUGAUCUUGAGUUGGCCAUAUUAGAAAACUAA